CCGGCUUCGAGGGGCCCAGAGGGAUCUUUUUUUAUCGACUUAACUUACCCCGCGGUCCACAAACACGACGAUCAGUGUGGCGGCUCGAGCAGCCAGCGACAGCCACAGAGCCCGUGGCAUUGUCGCGGGCGGUCGUGAUGGCAGCGGUGUCGGAGAUGCUGCAGGGGAGGAGAGUCGAGGUCGAAACAAGGGGUUAACGCCGGCAGACAUGCGACCCACUACGUCAGAUAAUGAGAACGAUCUUGCCUCCAGCCCGAUAAGAGGCCCUGCGAGCGUCCUGGGCGGUGCUAGCGGUGGUGUGACGACGGCCGGAAUCAAUCCUGGCAAACGGCGCCAUGUGUCAGUUGGCGGGCAGAGUUGUUCACCAGGAAGUGCGAAUGGAGGUGAGGAGGUCGAGGGGCAGGAAGAGAAGAGGAAGCAUCCAGUCAAGAGAGCCUGCAACGAGUGCCGCCAGCAGAAGCUACGUUGCGACGUGAUUCAGGAACCAUUCACAACAUGUACCAGAUGUCGCCGUCUCAAGCUGGAUUGCAAGAUCGAAUCGAACUUCAAACGGAUUGGGAAACGGAGCAGGAAUGCGGAGAUGGAACGUGAGCUCAUCGAGCUGAGGAAACAAAUCGCCAAUGCAAACGCAGCCGCCAAUGCGCACCAUUUUAUAUCGCAGCAUCAGUCCCCGACCCAGGCAUCACCACCACCGCUGUCAAUGACUUACGGCCCUGCUAUGCGGGCCGUCCCACAAAACUCGGCCCUGUUUUCGGCGGAUGAAUAUAUGAGGCCCCAUGAAGCUGUUGCAUCGCUUCUUGACCUAAGAUCAGGUUUAGAUUCCUCCAACUUCUUACGAAGUCCAAGCGGGCAAGUGGCAAUGCAAAAAAGAAUCGAGGAUGUGUCUGUCUCUCAGGAAAAAGUCGGUGACUUAUUUGGCCGAUUCUUUACGUUUUACCAUCCAUUCCUCCCUUUCCUCGAUCGAGAUGAGCUACCCGAGGACUAUUUUUCCACUUCUCCCUUACUCUUUUGGACUAUCAUUAGCGUAGGCGCUCGUCGAUAUCAAAGCGAUGCGACUCUGUUAAACUCCCUCGCUGGACCUGUCAUGAGAUUGGUGUGGAGCACCCUGGCGGAUGUCCCACAAAGCUAUCACAUUGUCAAAGCGUUGGCCUUGCUCUGCACCUGGCCUUUUCCAACGAGCAGCACGUCAACUGACCCGACUUUUAUGCUAUGUGGGAUGAUGAUGCAGAUGGCCUUGCAGAUUGGAUUGCAUCGGCCGUCCCAUGCACAAGAUUUUACCAAGUUCAGAGUAGAAUUCAGAGAAGGGGAAUUGAAGGAUAGGAUAACCACGUGGGCGAUCUGUAACAUCGUGUCCCAAAGGGUCGCAACCGGUUAUGGGCAGCCGCCUUCAACAUUAUUCGACUGGACCCUGUCUUCUGGAGAGACCAUAGACUCCACUUUUAGACUUCUCCCCGAUAUAAAAUCAAGGCUGGACAUAGAAAAGUUUUCCGACAAAGUUACAAAAGCGCUAUACAGUAGCCAUCGGGACCCCGUCGGCGUGGUUAACGACGAAGAAAGAACGGUGAUGACAUCAGUGUUAUUAAGGGACUUCGAGGACUUAGAAACCCGGCUCCAUUCUCAACAACAAGAUCCACUUACAAACAUGUAUCUUCGAGCGGCUGGACUCCAUUUGCAUUUGUCAGUUUUCUUCGAUGAUCCAACGACUAAGAACUACCUCCAAGGGCUGUCGUCACUUUAUGUUGCAACCACUGUCUUUCUCGAGGCCGCUUUAGGCCUGGAUCACUCGGGAGGUCCCGGCCUUACAUAUAGCUCUAACUACAUUUAUCAAAUGACCCUCGCCGCUGGAUUCACCUUGCUUAAACUGUGCAAGAGCUUUUUUGCUGUUCACAUCGAUAUGGACUACACCAAGUCGCUGUUUAAUCGGACCAUCUGGGCCCUCCGCAGUAUGUCCGUUUCUAACAAUGAUCUGCCUGAGCGUUUGGCCGAAGUACUUGCACAGAUGUGGAAGAUGGGCAGCUUGCCCGCCCCUCAGCAAUCCAGCAAUAAGGGUUCCGGCCAGUCAGAGAAGGAUGAUACUCUGCGAUUGAAAGUCCGUUGCCGAAUGAGCAUGUCGCUUGUCUACGACUCUGUGUGGCGUUGGAGGGAAGAUUUUCAGGCACAAGGCAAGAAUUUAGAAACCUAUCUUAAAAACCCGACAAACCCCGAUUCAGGCCCAGAUUCCUCGUCCUCUUCAGUUUCGCACCUACGAGCUUCUACUUCUACUCCAGGCGCGGUUGGGACUGCGGAUCCUAGUCUUGCACCGGCUCCGCUACCCCCAUCAACGGCGAUUGGAGGUCUUCCUCCAACGGGAGGAAAUCUUCCCGCCGUUGGUGGCUUGCCAAGCGGGUACUUAGAGCCAAUGUACGAAGUUUUCGAUCCAUUGAACUGGAUCUUGGAUGGUUUAGUAGAUUUUCCAACCUCCUACAAUUCGGUCCAGGGGAUAGAAGCCCAGGGGGCUGCAUAGAUUUUUUUUUUUUUUUCCGGCUAAUCUUUGCCGUAUUUCGCACGUCUUGAGCAUCGGAAAGUAUAAUUAACCUACUCCUAACGGCCGCCCUUUUGAACAAAGUGUAGUUCCUAAUCCUAUAUAAUAAAGGCUGGCGCACAGGUAUUUUUGCUUGAGCGAUAGCUAUGAUAACGAUGUUAUGAGCUUCCUUUAUCAAUUUCACAGCAUUUCUACAGAGU